AUGGCCGUGUUAGGGCCAAAUGUGUGUGUAAAUAUGAACGGACAUAAUAAUAUUCACAGUCAGUUAUCCAAAUCUUUAGAAAGAGUUUUAGAAGAUGCUUACUUAAGUGGUGAAUUAAAAUUGAGCGGACGCAAGUUGCGAGAGUUCCCAAAGCCAGUGAAAUAUGACUUAAGUGAUACAGUUAUUGCUGAUCUCUCAAAAAACAGAUUUAGUGAAUUGCCCGAGGAAGUGACCACAUAUAUUUAUUUAGAAAAGUUAUUAGUCUCACAGAACAUAAUUAGAAGUAUACCGGAGACCGUGGGUGGCCUGCAGUCUCUGACGUACUUAGAUCUAAGUUGCAACCAGCUGACGGAGCUGCCGCGCGAAGUAUGCUCGAUGCCACUCCAAGUGCUGCUGCUGCCGGACAACAUGCUGGCCAGCCUGCCCAAGGAGAUUGGCCGGAUGACCACUUUAGCGGAACUGGACGCGUCCAACAACAGGCUGACUCAAGUGCCCAUGACGCUCGGAGACUGCUCCGGCCUCCGGUGUCUGAAUCUCAGCAAUAACCAGCUAGGAUUGCUGCCGUUACAGAUCACAUACCUCAAGCUUGAACACCUGGACGUGAGCUGCAACUGCAUAUCGUCGCUUCCGCUGGAGUUGCGCAACAUGGCGACCAUCAUCACGCUCAACCUGGACAACAACCCGCUCGUCUCCCCACCCACUACGAUCUGCAUGCGCGGGCGCGUGCACAUCUUCAAGUACCUAGAGAACAUGAGCAACAAGGAGUCGCAGCCGAAGCGCGACGACACGCGGCGCUCCAAGCACAGCUCCUUCAACACGCCGGCGACGCACCAGAUCACGUCGGGCAACGCGACCAUCGACUGCCUGCGACACAAGCCGCGACAUGUGGUCGACAGUGGAUACUGCACUGAUGGUGUUGACAAGCGGUGGUCUAAUGAUGGCGGUGACGGUUGCGGUUCGGGUCGGUCCACACCUAGCACGCCGUCGACGCUGUCGCCGGGCGCGGCGAUGUCUCGACAUUCCACCUCCAACGAACCCCUCACACCCCUUACUCCGGUGCUCACCGGCCUCCGAAUAUCACCCGAAGGGCUUUCCAAUGGCGAGGAUAAGAGUAAAUUAGCCCAUCAACAGACCUACAGACAAUACAAGGAAGCACUAAGACAGCAGCGUCAGCAGGACGUGUACCGGCCCCGCACCGACCAGCCGUCCCCAGAUGUGGACAGCCCCCAAUCACAGAACCAGUCCCCGGUGCACCUCCAACGGUCCCCCCACUCCCCAGUCAACGGCUUCUACAGUAGAUCCCUAUCCAACUCCUCUACCACCUCCCCCGUUCCCACCAAUCCAAACUCCCCCCUUCUCACCAACCCGAACUCCCCCCUCCUCCACUCGACCCCCAGAAGGUUUCAGAGCAACGGAGUAGAAAAGGAGGAGCCCAAAAGGCCGGUCCAGAAGGUCGUCCCGUCGAGAAACGUCAACAAAAUGUACAACGGCAACGUCGAUUACUCGAGAGUGAACGGCACAGAUACGUACUCCAAGCCCACGUCGCCGACCAAAUCUCCAACGAACACACUAGGGUACUUGCCCAAACAGAACGGCGAAGCGAGAUUACUGACGACGGUGUCGUACCUAAAGGGAGCAGGGCCCAAGCCGGGGAAGAUGCCGUGGAACAAGGAGGCGGCGCCGGAUAAACUCAGCUUCACCAUGAAGAGGGAGUUUGAUAAACAAAAGGAGGAGUCGGAUUUACUGCAGCAGCUGAGGACGAUAAUCGAGGGGCGGUUGAAGAUGUGUCUGCCUCGUGAGUUGGCGCCGGCGCUGGCUGACGGCGUGGUGUUGUGUCACCUCGCCAACCACGUGCGUCCACGCGCCGUCGCCUCCGUGCACGUACCCUCGCCCGCACAGCCGAAGCUGACGAUGGCGCGGUGUCGGAGAAACGUCGACAACUUCCUUGAGGCGUGUCGGAAGAUUGGCGUUGAGGAAGAGGACAUUUGUACGGCGGAAGACAUCACAGAGCGAGCGUACCUCGGACCUCUCGCUCGCACGCUAGCUGCCCUGCUCGCACACGCCACGCCGCGCUCGCCUAAGGAUAUCCGAGAUCCGAACGCGCCCGAACGCGAGCCGAACGAUUCCGAUUCGAACGACUCGAACGAAGUCAACUUUAACGUGGAGUAUUCGACCGAGGAAAGCUACGAGCGGGAAUACUCGACGGACUCGAACGAGUCGUAUCAGAAUCAGGAGUUUAUCGAGAUGCAGAGCUACGCCGUGGAUUCGAUCGAGGUGAACUACGACCGGCGCCACGACAACAAAUACGUCAGCAACUUCAACUUCGCCCACAAAAACUACACCAUCGACGAAACCGACGAACUCAACUACGAAAACAAUAACGUCGAGCCGGUGCAGUACUCGCCCGUCUACGCCAACGAGUACAAAAAGGGACCCUACUACUACAACAAUAGGAUUCAAUUUGUAACGCCGUACUUUACCAAAUCGGGUGUACUAAUGAGCGAUAAUCUAGAGAUAUACGACACGGACGAGGUCGAUUGUCCUCUAAAUUUGACUGAAGACGAAAACUUGGAGAGAUACGACCGAGGCAAGAUGAAUCUCGACAUACAGAACAGCCACAAUAACAAUGUUCGCGUGGAAACGCCGAGCGAGAGAGAGCACAGAAUAUUUUUUACUGUACUGUGUAUCGGAGGCUUUAUACUGUCUACUAUAAUUCUCAUUAUAUACCCACUAUAAGAUGCUAUUCAGUCGAGUUAGAAUUUCUGUUACUUUUGAGGGUAUUUAUUUAUAGUUUUUAUUUGAGAAUGCGUUGUCGCAUAUUGUUCUUUUUGCCUAUCUGAAAACUGAUCUCUGAAGAAUGGACAUUAUUUAUAAAGCCGUUUGCACACUGACGUCGCAAACCCCAAUUAAGAAAAACUACAAGCAUAACGUAUUGUCAUGUAAAACAGUAGAUCUAUCCGCGAUGUGCGGCGCUUGCGUACAAAUAACCUUAAUAAUAUCAAUUAGAAAUUGAAAAAUGUAUUCUACGAAAAUAUUAAGAAUGGCAUUCAGAGAUUUCGUGCGAGUAUCAAGAAUAUAUCAGGGUUUAUAACCGCUUGGAUCUCAAUUGAAGCUUUUAUACGUAAACUUAUACAUUCUAAAACAAGACUUUUUAAUUGGCAUUAAAAGACAAAUGAAUUUGUAUUAAAAUAAGCUUAUAAUAAUUUUAAGUACACGCUUCUUUAGCGUGCUCGAAUCGUGGCCGAAGCAUUUUUAUCUGUCGACCAAAUUUUUAUUCUUUAUUUCGACAGUUUUAUGUCUGUUCUUAAAACAGAGACGCUUUAUUAUAAGAAUUUCUUACUUUAAUUAUUAUCGAAAACCUAGUCUAAUUUCCUGCUAUUUAAUAUGUGAGACUUUAUAAAAGGUUUUUUAAAUGAUUUUCGUAGAAUGGUAAGACAGUGGAAACUGAAGACUUAGAAUGUUGCAGCUGCUAUAGCGAUAAUAUAAUAUCAUUAUUAUUAUUUAAUAAGGCUGUAUAAUAUUAUACAAUCUUGUAUUAUGUUAAAACAUUAUCUUAUAUAUUAGACUUUUUCUUUUAUAUGUAAAAGACAAAGUCUGUAUGAAAACGUGCAAUAUACAGAAGCCUUGUAUGUGAAAUAUUUGGUACUUAGUGUCGCGUUGUUUAAGAAUCAAAUAUUUGAAAUGAAGUAUAAUAUUGCCUUUCACAAUAGAGGCUAGAUAACUAAUGAUAUCGAAACUGUAACAAAACUAUAUAAUAAAGAAUGAAUUAGGGCUUGAACUAUUUAAUCGAUGGAAAUAUCGAUUACGUGAUUCGAACGAAUAAGAAAUCGUUUCUAACUUCGUUAUCGUUUCGAUAUCGUGUUGUGUCUAACCUUACAUGCCUUAUCGAACAGUUAAACUGUGAUCAAAAUAUUCAGACUGCCAAAUGGAAUAUAUUCGAAUGUUAAGACUGAUGAAAAUUGAUAGUAUUGCUGAUGGAUUUGUAGUCCGGUCGUAACACAUCUAAAUUAACUCGCAGUAGGGUUUUCAUUUAUUAACUUGAAUAAGGGCCUGUUUCACCACUUCUUGAUA